ACCGAACUCCACCCACCGAAAGCACGGAACCACCGCUGACCCCUCGGCUCUGGAAGGCAGAAAGGUGCAGAAGCUAUUUCACAGUCAACGGCAGGCAGUUCUGUUCCUCUGACAACCUGUUCAGUGCGGAGCCGCGAGGCGCGAGCGCAUCUAUGUGUAAGCCUCUGUCCUCCUCCCACCCUCCUCCUCCCUCUCUCCAUCCCUCUCUCUCCUCGCAGACAGGGGCGGUCGUUCUCAGUCUGUGCACAUAUUCCACUUGGCCAGCAUCUCCCGGAGUCCACAGACGGAGACACAGCGCUGAUUGAAGGAGCGGAGGGGAGCUCAUUGUCAGAGCGCAUGAUUGCGUUAGAGGGGCUUCACCAGCGUGUCACCGGUCAGCGGCGAAGCCGUCUCCGCCGCAGCCCCGAAGCGUCCGCAGAUCAGAGGAGGCUGCGCGUGCAGGAUUCUGAAAAGGGCAAGUUUUUCAAAGGAAAAGUGCGUUUGUUGCCAUCUUUUGGGAAACGGACUCCGUGGAAUCGAGCGUUCGCCUCUCCGUGCGUAAAAAAAAAAAGUUGAACACACCCUGGAGAUUAUUUGAGAGGUUUUGGGAGCUCGGCAAACUCCACGCAACACUCUGCGGGAAUUGUAAAGCUCGCAACGGACGCACUCUGGGGGAGAAUAUAUAACUUUUCCACGCAUCCGGUGGAGAGGCUGGUGUGACGGCGAGCGCAGCGGAGGAAUCCUCUCCGCUCACCCGGGAGGAGCGCGCGCAGCGCCGGGUAACUGGCCCACAGGACGGCCCCUAGGAGACAAGGUUAUGACGGGACGGAGCUGAACAUGGAGCUUUUCUGGAUUUUGUUAUUUUCUAGCGUCUCUCCUCUCGCCUGGGGCCAAGGAGUUUACGCUCCAGCCAACGCCCAGAUCGUGCACUCAGGCGCAGCGUGUAACGUCAAGGACGAUAACAUCAGCGAGAGGAUCUACACAAUCAAGGAGGGCGACAUGCUGGUGCUUCAGUGUAUUGUCAAAGGGCAUCCGCGACCACAGGUGCGGUGGACGAAGACGGCCGGCAGCGCGUCGGACAAGUUCCAGGAGACCUCCAUCUACAACGAGACGCUGCGCAUCGAGGGCAUCCAGCGGGUGCAGGGCGGCCGCUACUACUGCAAGGCCGAGAACGGGGUGGGGGUGGCUGCCAUCAAGUCCAUCCGCGUAGAUGUGCAGUACCUCGACACGCCGGUUCUGACGGUGCACCAGACCAUCAGCGACGUGCGCGGCAGCUACUACCAGGAGAAGACCGUGUUCCUGCGCUGCACCGUCAACUCCAACCCUCCGGCGCGCUUCAUCUGGAAGCGCGGCAGCAUGCUUAUCGAACAGAGCAAGGACAACGGGGUGGACAUCUACGAGCCGCUCUACACACAGGGUGAGACCAAGGUGCUGAAGCUGAAAAACCUCCGACCCAAGGACUUCGCCGACUACACCUGCCAGGUGUCCGUCCGAAACGUGUGCAACAUAGAAGACAAGUCGGUGACGUUCAAGCUCACGAACGCGACCACUCCCCCCAUGAUCCGGCUGUCAGUCAACGACACGGUGGUGGUGGACCCGGGGCAGGACGUGCUCCUCACCUGCGAGGUGAUUGCCGGUUUCCCCCUCCCCACCGUCACGUGGUCGCGGUACCCCGGCCCCCUUCCUCUCAGCGCCCAGCUCCGGGGGCCCACGCUGAUCCUGCGGGCCGUCACGCCGGCUGACGCUGGCUUCUACAACUGCACAGCUGUCAACAACGUGGGCAACCCGGCUCGGAAGAACAUCAAUCUUGUUGUCAGGACAAUGGGCAACCUGACCUUCCAAAUCACGCCAGACUCCAACAAGGACAGCGAGUCCAUCCAGAUGGGUCGCGACCUCAAGCUGUCGUGUCACGUUGACGCCACCCCGCAGGACAAGGUCAACUACACCUGGUACAAGAAUGGCGCCCCCGUCAUCAUCUCGGACAACCUGAUCUUCCUGCGCUCUGACCCCGACAUGGCCCCCGGCACCAGCAGCUUGGAGAUUGUGGACAUGAAGUUCAGGGACCUGGCGACCUACAGCUGCGUGGUGAACUUCCCAGGCAGCAGGGUCCCAGAGCUGCGCGUGGACGUCAACAUCUCCCAGAACAGCGUCUCUCCACCGGUGCUGUCGGUUCCGAGCGGAGGUCAGGUGGUCAACGUGCGGGAGGGCGAUAACGCCGAGCUCGUGUGCUUGGUGGAAGGCAAGCCCCGUCCUCCCAUACUGUGGUCACGCACAGAGAGGGACCUGCUGAUGCCGUCGGGGGCGGCGACAGUGGAGACGCCCGACGGUCGCCUGAGGCUCCGGAACGUCAGCCGGGACAUGAUGGGCCUGUACCGGUGCCAGACUGCGCAGUACAAUGGGCUGAACAUCAAACGCAGGGAGGCACAGGUCCAGCUCAAUGUGCAGUACCCUCCUAUAGUCAGCCCGGUCUUUGAGGACAGACGCUCCAGGAACAAUCAGAUGGUGACCCUGCGAUGCACCAUCCUGCGGUCCAACCCGCCACGUCUGACAGAGAUCCGCUGGUACCGCAGCGGUGAACUGAUCCAGAGGAACAAGCCGGACCUGAAGGAGACGCCGGAGUGGAAGUUCAAACUGGAACCCACCAACAACGGCUCGUACGAGUGCCGAGUCAGCAAUAGCGCAGGGACCUCAAUUUGCACGUUUAACGUCUCUGCGAAACCUUACAAUGCUGAGUUUUACUUUGACACACCGAACCCCGUCCGGAUCCUGAAAGGAAACAACUAUUCCUACAACUUGCAGUGGACACAGAGGGAGCCAAAGGCCACAGACCUGAUCAUAGGCUACUGGAUCAACGUCAGAAAGAACAAGCAGAACCUGCUAUCCAAGCAGAUAGACCUUAAGGGUAAGGAACCAGACAGCGGCGUUCUGAUGUCCCACACCAUAUCUGACCUGAAGAUUCCACUGUCCUACGAGGUCCGACUGGCCCCCAUCACCACCUACAGCACGGGGGACUACAUCAGUCGGAUCAUCCAGUAUUCAGAGCCCUACACCUAUCCACGGCCAUCAGACCAUGUCUGCGGUUUUGAGGACGAGCGAAUCUGCGGCUUCUCCCAAGACCGCAGUGACGUCUUUGACUGGACAAGGCAGAACCAUCUGACACAGAAUCCCAAGCGGUCCGCGAACACGGGGCCCGAGACAGAUCGAAGCGGAACCAAAGAAGGCUACUACAUGUACAUCGAAGCCUCGCGGCCACGUAUUCCAGGGGACAAGGCUCGUCUACUGUCCCCACUCUUUAACGUGACCUCAGUCAGGAGUCCCAAGGGCUCGGGCAGAAUCUCAUACUGCGUCGCCUUCUACUACCACAUGAAGGGCAAACACAUCGGCACCCUCAACGUGCUGCUGCGAGUCCGAAGCAUCGCCUCCGUGGACACGGUGGUGUGGACGAGGUCUGGUCCUCAAGGCCCCGACUGGAAGAAAGCCUUUUUUGACAUCAGCCCCAGCGGACCCUUCCAGAUUGUGUUUGAAGGAAUUCGAGGCCAGAGUUUCGAGGGGGACAUUGCCAUUGACGACGUGUCCAUCACCUUAGGAAAGUGCAAGCAGGAGAACACUGUAGCCAGCGCAGGUAAGACAGUUCUGAUCGGUGGGUCGCACGCGCUCCCUCUGUCCGGCUGGCUGACGUUCAGCCUGUGCUGCUUCCUGCUGUUACUCGUCAGAUGAUGAGCGCCGCGUUCCACCUGCGUCUGCGUCUGCGUCUGCGUCUGCGUCUGCGUCCGCGUCCACAGACGCGGCCCCGACUCGCACUCUUCUUCUUCUUCUCCCUCCCUUACCCACCCCACCCCUCCCCACCCCUGCUGCUCCCGCCGGUCACCUGUCCCUCACCUGUUCUUCACCUCACUCAGAUAAAUGUACUCGUCUCCCUCCUGUGCUUUCUUUGAGCGUCUCCCCAGUAUAACCAGCCGCCACUCAUGCUGUAUUUGACCUGAACACACUUAAUGAUCUUUGUCAGACUUCAUAUUCUCUCCUUGGUCUGUCUGUUAAUCUAUUUAGAUCCAUGUUAUCCACGCCCCCCCCCCCCCCCCCCUCGUGUAUCUCUGCCCCCCCACUUCCCCUCCACCCUAUUCCCCAGACACACCAAAGUGUCGGACACUCUACCAAAGAUGACAAAGGACCAGGGGGAAUAAAAGGAUAGAAAAGGGAUUCCUGGAAGAGAACGACACAGAGAGAGAAAGCCAGGGGAAAUCCUUCUUUUUCCCACAAACUGUCUCCCUUCCAAACCCGCUGGGACGCGGGAGCUUGUGAACGACAGAGAGACAGAUGGAAACAAUAAAGUGAUGAACGAACCAAUGAAUGAAUAAAUGAAUGAGUGGAACCGUGUGUAGAGAGGACACAGUGGAAACAGAGGGACGACGAUGGAUGCUCUCGGUAGCCUCUCGGCCUCUCCCUGCCACAAAAGACGAACCUCAGUGCGGAUUAUACGUGUACAUUCAUCUAUAUAUAUAAAUAUAUAUUAAAUAUUACAAAUUUAAAGUGAAACACAACUAGGACAGUGGAGGACUUUACAAAGUGAAAUUAAAGAAGCACAACAUUUAUAAAAUCUCUGCUGUUCCUUUGGGAUUUAUUCUACCUAUUAUGUGAUGUUGCAGUUUGUCAGAUCUACUCAAUGUUUUUGAUAUUUCGCUCUUUUUGUUUGUUUAUGGAUUGUUUAGGGUUAAGGGCACCGGGUAAUAAAGUAUUAUAUUAAUAUUCAUGAGAGGAAGAGAUUUGUGGUCCACAAGCCGACUGUAAGCACGAGAAGAGAAACGCAUGGACAGAAGCUUUUAUUUUUACACUUAGAUGCUGAACACACACACACACACACACACACACACACACACACACACACACACACACACACACACACACACACGUCUCGUUCCUGAAUGACAGAAGGAAAACCACAGAUGGUGGAGGCAACUUUCACAUUUCUCUUGGUUUUUCAUAAACUUCCUGUCACCGGGCGUCAUGACUCAGACGUCUGGAGUUCUCAACCACAACACGCUUCUAAUGAGGAGGAGAGAACGCGUGGCGUGAAGGCGGCAGGCGGAGGGGAACCGGAGCGGGUUCAGCCCAACAUAUGAGACCAGAACUCAUAUUUCUCCACUUUAUUGAAUGUGAUGACAUUGCCACACGCUGGCAGGCUGAGUGUGGAGUUGUUGUUUAGUUAACGCUGAAUGUCUGCAGUGUAAACAAGCUCCAUCAUCACAUCCUGUAGAUGAUUGGUAACGUUAAGCAAUACUCACAUCUAUGCGUCUACAGUGGUUUUACAUGUGUGAAUUCUGCAUCUCUUCCUCCUCAGUCGCUCCAGUAGCUGCUGUUCGUGUCUGAACUGCUUUGCUCCUCAGCUCUGGAUCUGUCUCAUGUGCUCGUGUCUGUCAUGUCAUGUUGAGUUGAUCAUUGCACAUUCCUCUGUUGUCCAGUCAUGACUGGUGGCGUGCCUCUCGGGCUCACCCAGUCUGUUGUGGGUGAGGUUUGCACUGAUGGGUUUGUGCCACUGGCAGCUCUCUGGUGUGAGACAUGUUUGUUUCCUAAUGUAACAGCAAGCAAAUUCAUUUCAAAUCUACUGUAAACAAAUUAGCAAAAAUAUAUACAUUCACCUCA